AUGUCUUCAAUAAAUAUUCUUUUUUUAUUUUCAUUAUUAUUAUUCCAAUAUGUUAUGUUCAGUGUUCAGAUUGGCUGCGAUAAUGACGAGCAUGAUGGUAGCCCAUGCGGAGAAGGAUCUAUUUGCAAACAAACAGCAAAAUAUACUUAUAAAUGUGUUAAAAAUGGAAAAUGUACUCCUGCUGGACGAAAUAAUAAAUGUUUUAACAACGCCGGAUGUUGCUACGGAGCUUUCUGUGACAAAACUACUUGUCGCGCAUGUGUUGCUAAAGGUGUUGCAUGUAGUUCGUUGCCAUGCUGUGGUGGAAAAUGUGAUAACGACUCGUGUCCUUAAAUGAUUGAAGAAUUUUUUGAAUUUAUAGAUAAUUAAAUACACUUUAAUAUUUUCUUUGAAUGUAGCUUUCUUUCAGUUAAUAUACAUAUACAUACUUCCCUUUAUUUUUAAAUAAUUUUAAAAUAAUUUAUUCUAAUUAUGUUUAAUUAAAAUAAAUUUAAACAAAAUAAUUGUGUUAAAAUACAAUCACAGAAAUGCAAAAAUCACUCCAAAAAUAUCACAAUGGCAAAAAAUGAAUAAAAGUUUUAAAAAUACAAAUUGGUAAUAGGUAGUUAAUUUAUUUUCAAGUCUUUUGCUUUCUUUUGGAUUCUGUAACAUUUUUGAGUUGCAGCCGUAUUUGGUUAAAUUUUGCAGUUUAGUGAU